AUUACGAGGCUUGAAGAAGCCAUAUUGAAUACAAACCACGAGACGAGUAGAUGGUGGACAAGGAAAAUCAAUAUAAUUUAUUUUACUUGAAAUAAGAGACGUUCAAAAUGAGCACCGAUAAACGAUUCAGCAAGAUUUUGAAGGACCCUAGGUUCAAGAGAAUGCCAAGAAGAUUCAGAAGGGUCAAGAUAGAUUCGAGAUUCAAUUCUAUGUUUUCAGAUAGUAAAUUCAAAACAAAAUAUUCUGUGGACAAAAGAGGGAGACCAAUAAAAAGAACAUCAAAAGAAGACCUUGAAAAAUUCUAUGAGGUCGAUAAAAAUACUGUAAAUGAGAAUGAAGAUGCUCCUGUGGAAUCCUCAAAUCCUGAUAAAAAAUUUGCAAGUACGUCAAAUGCAGAGCUUCCCCUUAAAAAAGCAUUGUUAGAUGUCAGUGAGUCAGAUUCUAAUGAUGAUGAAGAUGAUGAUGGUGACAUGGAUUUCUCAGAUAUUCGUGGAGGGGUAAAUUCUUCAUCAUCAUCAGAUGAAGAGGAGGACCUAGAUACCAUUGAAGAUCAGGUAGUUGAUCAUGACUGGGGCGAGCUAGACAAGGAUGCCACAAGAAAAGAAAAUGCUGUUACUUCAAGACUGGCUGCUUGCAACUUGGAUUGGGACAGAGUUACAGCAAAGGAUUUAUUUGUGUUGUUCAGCUCAUUUGGUGGUGUAAUUAAGUCAGUUAAGAUUUACCUCUCUGAGUUUGGUAAACAAAGACUUGCUGAAGAAGAUUUGAAUGGGCCAAAAGAACUUGCUGAUGAGAUAGAGGAAGAUCAAGAGGAAGAAGGAGACCCUAACAAUGUCGAGGGUUCUACUUUUCAUAUGGAGAAACUUCGCAUGUAUCAGUUAAAUAGACUGAAAUAUUACUAUGCGAUAGUUGAAUGCAAUGCAAAAGAAACUGCAAGCAAGAUAUACGACGAAUGUGAUGGUAUGGAGUACGAGCUCAGUGCAACUCGGCUAGAUCUUCGAUUUGUUCCAGACGAAAUGACGUUUGAGGAUAACCCAACACAAAUUGCUACCGAGAUGCCCAUGCUGAGUAAUUAUCAGCCAACAAAUUUUAGCAAUACAGCACUUCAGCAAAGCACAGUUCGACUGACGUGGGAUGAGACAGAUCAAAAACGUCUACAGAUGACAAUGCGGAAAUUUGAUAAAGAUGAGUUAAUGGAUAUGGACUUCAAAGCAUACUUAGCCUCGUCGUCAGAAGAUGAGAAUGAUGAGAAGGAGGCAACAGUGGAAGAAAAUGCGAACGUUAAUGACUCAGCGAAAAACGAAGAAGAAGAUAAAAUCAAGAAAUAUAGGGAUCUUCUUAAGGAUAUCGAGUCAAAAGAAAAGAAGGACGAUGGAGAGCGACAUAUGGAAAUUUCGUGGACUCCAGCUCUGAGUGAAGCAACAGAACAGAUUGUGAAAGAUAAGAUCGAGAAGGAACAGGAAAAGGCAAUGACACCAUGGGAAAAAUAUCAAAAAGAUAAGAAAAAGAAGACAAAAGCGAACAAAAAAACUGCCAAAACCUUGGAUGGAGAAGAACGUUCUGAAGAAGCAAAUGAAGAUGCGAGUGAAAAAGAAGAAUACAUUCCGACUGGUGCCGACGACCCGUUUUUUGUCCAUGGUGAUGGAGAAGACACGAAAGCCUCAACGAAGAAGAAAAGAAAAAAUAGAAGCAAAAAGAAUGAAGAUCAAAGUAGAGAAAACGAAGCUGGCAACAGUCAUGGAAAGAGUGAGCUGGAAUUAUUAAUUAUGGAUGAAAAUGACGACAAGCAGCAUUUCAGCAUGAAACAAAUAAUUGAAAACGAGGCAAGAAAAAAGAAACGAAAGCGAGGAAAGAAAAAGGAAGCGGAGCAAGCAACAGUUGAUAAUUUCGAAAUCGAUGUGAAAGACUCUCGUUUCAAUGCUCUUUUCAAUUCACCCGAUUAUAUUCUGGAUCCUUCUGAUCCACAAUUCAAGAAAACCAAAGCAAUGGAAAAACUAAUUCAAGAGAAACAGAAGAGAAGAAAAGAAACGACAAAAAUAGCCACAGGUGGCAGUGAGGCAAGCUCAUCCAAGCAAAACAAAUUGGACCCAAGUCUAUCAUUCCUGAUUAAAAACGUCAAAACACGAACUGAAGAACUUAUGCAGAGGAAAAAAGCAAAAAGUUGAAUUAAGAAUUAUUUUUGUUUAUUGAUUGAUUCAGUCGUUAAAUAAAUUUCGAUAUAAGAAAACAUGAGCUGUGGUGCUGA